GUGUGUAAGUGGAACACGAAACUCUACGUCGGGGAACCCAGCUUUACAGGCGCCUCGGAGUGGUGUUAUCGAUAUAGCCAGACACAAAGGCGCUGCAAGGUUGCAGUGACACAAACUGAAUAA